AGCUAUUGGAUUGUGGACUCUCCAUUGACGACGACGCGAAGAAACAGGUAAAAUUCUCAUCUCCGAAAUCGUCGAUUUCGCUUCUCCUUUCGCUUUUCUCCUCAAACUCCAAGGCGAAGCCGGCAAGAUCGAGUGCAAGAAGCGAGUCGGUCACGCUGAGAAAGAAGAUGAAGAUUACUGUAAUGACCGCGGACGAUCGGUUCAUUACGCUGGAUGUCGAUCCGGAUGAAUCCAUUGAGAAUGUGAAAGCGCUUUUGGAGGUGGAGACUAGUGUAUCUCUUAGUCAGCAGCAGCUGCAUUUCAAUGGAAAGGAGAUGAAGAACUCGGAUCGUUUGAGUUCUCUUGGAGUCAGAGAUGGAGAUAUGGUGAUGAUGAUUCCAGAAGCCUCUCAGGCAUCUUCAAAUGAUUUAAGAUUGAAUUCUGAUGGUUCUGCCAUGAAUCCUGGAGCCUUCCGGCAGCGGAUCCACAGUGAUUCACAGUUAAUGGCUCAACUGCUUCAGAAUGAUCCACCGUUUGCACAAGCUAUACUUGGUGAUGACCUCGAUCAUCUGCAGAAUGUCUUGCGAGAGCGUCAUCAACAAAGACUAGAAGUGCGACGUAAACAAGAAGAAGAGCUUGCUCUGGUGUAUGCAGAUCCUUUUGAUGUUGAAGCACAGAAAAAGAUUGAAGCAGCUAUUCGGCAGAAAGGAAUCGAUGAAAACUGGGAGGCUGCAUUAGAACACAACCCUGAAGCAUUUGCACGAGUGGUUAUGCUGUAUGUGGACAUGGAAGUCAAUGGGGUACCUGUCAAGGCUUUUAUUGAUAGUGGAGCACAAUCUACAAUAAUAUCAAAAAGCUGCGCUGAGCGUUGUGGGUUAUUAAGACUCCUAGAUCAGCGUUACAGGGGUGUUGCUGUUGGGGUUGGCCAGUCAGAAAUAUUGGGCCGAAUUCAUGUAGCACCAAUUAAGAUUGGUCAUUUAUUUUAUCCAUGCUCAUUCACUGUUUUGGAUGCUCCCAAUAUGGAAUUCCUUUUUGGGCUCGAUAUGCUACGUAAGCAUCAGUGUAUUAUUGAUUUAAAGGAGAACGUCUUAAGAAUGGGUGGUGGAGAGGUUUCAGUGCCCUUUUUGCCAGAGAAGGACAUUCCCUCACUUAUCCAUGAUGAAGAAAGGUUCUCUAAACAAGCUUCUCUGGGACAAGGAUCUGUUCCAGAAACUUCAGGGGCACGAGAAAGGAUUGCUGACACGCUAGCACGAACCCAAACUUCUGGAACUCCACGAAAUGAUCGUAUGCAGGGAGCAGAUUUUGAGGCCAAAAUUUUAAAGCUGGUGGAACUUGGGUUUGAACGGGAGGCAGUGAUACGGGCACUUACACUGUUUAACGGCAAUGAGGAACAGGCUGCUGGUUAUUUAUUUGGAGGUUAAGCUUUUGAUUAUUCUUUCAAUAUUUAUUAUGUGCCAUCAUCAAAAUCAACUCCUAAUUCAAACAUUAACAUAGACUGCUGGUUUGCUCAAUCAAACAAACCUCUUAUUUGAUUGUAUUAAUACCAGGACCCAACUAAAAUUUUGUUUUACAGAGACUUCUAAUAAAAUUAGGGACAUUAACGUCCAAGAAA